UUAGCGUUACAGAAAUCUGUCACAGUGACUGGUGUCAGUUGUAUACUUCACAUUGCCCACGUGACAUCAAACCGGGUCUGGAUCAGUGAUAGAGGUGACAAUCUCAUCUUGACAAACACGGCUGGUGAAAUAUUAGAUCAUCGGACAGAUAUAGGUAGUUAUGGUGGAGUACACACUGUGGACAAUGACGGUGAUUUAAUUUAUAUAGACAAGGAUUAUAACAUCAACAAGCUGUCUGCAGAUAACAAAGUAAAAAGUAUUUUAAUUAAGUUCGCAAUGCCAUGGGAACCACGGUGUGUCUACAGCUCCCCCUCCACUGGUGACCUGCUGGUCGCAAUGUAUAAUAUUUAUACAAAUAGACAAUGCAAGGUAGUCCGGUAUAACUCCAGAGGAGAAAAAAUCCAGACCAUACAGUACAAAAACAUAGGUCAGAUACUGUAUAGUAGACCUCUCUACAUCACAGAGAACCGCAAUGGAGAUGUCAUUGUAUCUGACGCAGUCCAUGAUGCUGUUGUGGUGACAGAUUGUGGAGGGAGACAUCGCUUCUCCUACACAGGACCACCGUCCGGAUCACAACUAUUACCAAAAGGAAUCUGCGUAGACGCACUGUCACAUAUCCUGGUGUGUGAUCUAUACUCCAACAAAGUGCAAAUGAUUGACCAGGACGGUCAUUCCCUGCCAUUGACACAGACACAACACGGAGUUGUCAAACCAGGGAGUGUGAGCUAUGAUAAUAAAACCCACCUGCUCUGGGUUGGAUCACGGUGCAACAACACGGUCAACAUAUACAGAUGUUGCCGCAAGGACUUAUUGACAGGUAAAUUAUAA